GACAAGCAAACAUGACAUCCCCAAAAGUAGACUGGAGCUAGUGUAAAGAAAGAGGUAAAAGCAAAAUAAAGAGAGAAACUCUCCUAUCUAGCUUGCAUUUUCCACAAACAUGGCCGCUAAUGGCAUGGUUGAUGGCCCUGAAUCUCCACUCCUGGAAGACACCGUCGCCGGAGCCGUCGACUACAGAGGCCUUCCGGCCAAACGCUCCACCUCUGGUGGUUGGAGCUCCUCAUAUUUCAUCAUAGGUACUGAAGUGGCGGAGAGAUCAGCCUAUUUUGGCAUAGAGGCGAACCUCGUAAACUAUUUCACUGGGCCACUAGGACAGUCCACGGCCAUGGCUGCCAAGAACGUAAACACUUGGUUCGGCAUCACCACUUUACUGCCAUUAGUAGGAGCCUUUGUUGCAGAUUCCUAUAUGGGUCGAUAUCGCACCAUUCUCAUCGCUUCUCUUCUCUACAUCCUGGGACUGGGCUUGCUAACUAUGUCUGCAGUGCUUUCCUCGCAAAACCCUUCUGAAUGCCAAAGUACUCAGAAAAUCAUGUCGUGUCCCCCUCCUCAGUUUCAAGUAAUUUUACUUUUUCUCUCUCUAUAUCUAGUUGCACUUGCAGAAGGUGGGCACAAGCCCUGCACCCAGGCUUUUGGGGCUGAUCAAUUUGAUGGACGAGAUUCGGAGGAGCGCAAAGCAAAAAGCUCCUACUUCAACUGGUUAAAUUUUUGUGCAGGCAUCAGUCUUUCGGUAAGUAUGCUAACGUUGAGUUACAUUCAAGACCAGCUUAACUGGGUUCUUGGAUUUGGAAUCCCCUGCAUUCUGAUGGUGGUGGCGCUACUCCUUUUCUUGCUUGGAACUAAUACUUAUCGGUACAGUGUCAAAAGAGAAGAUAAGAACCAAUUUGUUAGAAUCAGUAAGGUGUUUGUUGAAGCAGCUAGGAAUUGGAAACUAAACCCAUCAUCAGAAAAAGCAAAUGAAGAGGGAGCUCAAGGAACCCUGUCUCACCAAUGCUCUCCCGAAUUCAAGUUUCUUAACAAGGCCUUGCUAGAGACAAAAUUUUCGGCGGAAGAUGGAAAGGCGUGUAGUGUCAAUGAAGUUGAAGAAGCUAAGGCAGUUCUGAGGCUGUUUCCCAUAUGGUCUACUUGUUUGAUUUAUGCUAUGGUGCUUGCCCAGUCAUCGACUUUCUUUACUGAGCAAGGAAUGACUAUGGAUAGAUCAAUUGGGUCGGGUUUUGACAUACCAUCUUCUUCGCUUAAGUCCUUUCUCACAAUCACCAUGGUUCUCUUCAUUCCCAUAUAUGACCUUGUCUUUGUUCCCAUUGCAACUGUUUUCAGCAGGAAACCAUCUGGCAUAACAAUGCUUCAGAGAAUCGGAAUAGGGAUGUUUCUAUCCGCUAUUUCCAUAGCAAUUGCGGCUCUGGUAGAGAUGAAACGACUCAAGAUAGCUCAGGAGCAUGGCCUGGUUGAUAUGCCAAAUGCCACCGUUCCAAUGGGCGUAUGGUGGUUAGUUCCCCAAUACGUCUUAUUUGGACUUUGCAAUGUGUUCACCACAAUUGGUCUUCAAGAGUUCUUCUAUGAUCAAGUCCCAAAUGAAUUGAGAAGUAUUGGUGUCUCCCUCUACCUCAGCAUCAUAGGUGUAGGGAGCUUUCUGAGCAGCUUUCUUAUCUAUUUGAUUGAGAAAGCAACUGGUGGAGAUGGCCAAGAUGGCUGGUUCAAUGAUAACCUCAAUAAGGCACAUCUUGAUUACUUUUAUUGGCUACUUUCUGGACUCAAUGCAGUAGGAUUGGCUAUGUACAUGCAUUUUGCAAAAUCUUAUAUUUAUAAUAGAAGGGGUGUACCAUGACUAUGCAAUUCAUUUUAUUACUAUUGCCCUAAUUGUUGUAACAAUAUCCUUUUGAAGA